AUGCAAUGGGAUUUGGAGAAUGCCACUAAGGGAUUCGCAGCUGCGAUAUACUUGGUCCUCUUCACUGCUUUGUCAACUUUGCUAAGCCAUGGAAUUGUUGCAGCAUCGCCCACUUACAAUGUGGCAAACUAUGGUGCAACAGGAAGUGGAGUCAAUGAUGAUACUCAAGCGUUUGUGAAAGCUUGGGAAGAUACAUGUGGAGACAGUGGAGCACAAGGCACACCAACUUUGGUUGUUCCUGGUGGGAAGAAGUUUCAACUGUCUCCUGUCUCUUUCAAAGGGCCGUGCAAGUCUACAAGCAUUAUCGUUCAGAUUGAUGGAACUUUGGUUGCUCCUAGUUCACUAAGCGGAUGGAAAGGCUGCCCGGAUAGCUGGUUGGUUUUCCAAGACGUGGCCAAUCUCAAUGUCCACGGAUCGGGACAAGUCGACGGCCGUGGCUCACUUUGGUGGGGUAGAGCUCAGGCCUUGUUCUUUCAGCAUUGCAUCAAUCUAGUGCUAAGUGGACUGCAUCACAUCAACAGCCCUAGGAACCACAUCGCCAUCAGCGGUUGUGAUGGUGGUACCAUCUCCAAUCUCCAAAUAACUGCACCCGAAACUAGCACCAACACAGAUGGAAUCGACAUUGCUAACACCAAACACCUCGACAUCCACGACCUUAUAUGCGAUACGGGGGAUGACCGUAUCGCUAUAAAUGGACAAACCAGUUACAUCAAUAUCACCAGAGUAUCAUGCGGGCCCGGCCACGGCAUCAGCAUCGGAAGCUUAGGCGCACACGGAGCCCACGACACGGUCGAAGAGGUACAAGUGCGGAAUUGCAACUUCAAGGGAUCUACGAAUGGAGCGAGGAUUAAAACUUGGCAGGGAGGUUCGGGAUAUGCCAAGAGCAUUGUUUUCGAUAACAUCACGCUCAACGCGGUGGACAAUCCGAUCAUCAUCGACCAAUUUUAUAGCAUCAAAGCAGCUCAAGAGAAUACGGCAUCGAGCGUAGUGGUGAGCGACGUGACGUACACCAACUUUCAAGGGACUAGUGCUUCGGAUCAAGCCAUCAUACUCAACUGUUCCGGCGUAGGUUGCUCGAAGAUCACAUUGGAAAACAUUGACAUCACAUCGUCGACACCCGGAAAGACAGUCACCGCCUCAUGCGAGAACGCCCAUGGAUCGGCUACAUCGACCACACCUCCUAUCCCUUGCUUGCUUAGGUAG